AUGGUGACUGUCGGAGCGAUGUGUACCCGAAAAGCUGAAAAAUACGGAUGUGUCAAUGAGAAACAAAACGGGAAAACACUCAAAGUCAGCAGAUUCGCGAUCGGUGACUUUUACAAAACUCACUGCGAACAGGGCGGAGACAUUGUGAUUCUGGAAUUGGAGAAGUCAGUGGAGGACGUGGAAGGCGCCAAUUAUGCGUGUCUUCCGUUUGCACCGAAGACUGAAAUCAAGGAAGGUGUCAAUGUGACAUCGUUCGGUUGGGGGUCUGAUCCAGGCAAAGGAUUCGAUAAUAGCGCGUUUCCGAUGAUUCAGAUUUUGAAUUUGGGCUUGCAAGAUUGCGUUGUUACUGCGAAAGAAGAGGAUGGCGCAGAGAAGCAAGAGCGUCUGACUGUCUGCGUCUCGUUUCUAUCUUUGAGAAUUCCAGCCCCUGAGACCCUCGAAACUUGCGAAGAGAACUGGGGAACCUCGAUUCCAUCCGAUUCGUUUUGUACUGCUGAGGAAGAGGACAAGAAUGUUUGUUCGGGCGACAGUGGCGGUGGCCUAACUUUCCACCAGACCGAUUCCUCUCGUGAAUUCCUCAUCGCUAUCGUCUCGUAUGGUUCGGAUUGUGUUCAGUUGAUCGGUGGAUCUGAGCCAAGAUCCCAGAUUAACACGGAUGUCAGAAAGCAUCAGAAGUUCAUCGUCGAUUUUGUGAACGGGAAGAAAUAA